UGGAGCAGUGGGCCUUGGCUUGCUCGCACUGUAGGUGAGUCCAAAAUCCAGGACUCACGCAGAGAGGAUCCUCUACAAUAUUCACCACCAAAACAACCGAGCCUUUGCCUUGACUGAUCUUUAUUUCUUGAAGAUUAACUGCCACAAUGGAUAAAUAUGAAGUCAUUAAACUCCUUGGAGAAGGAGCAUUUGGAAAAGCUUUCUUAGUGAAAGCUAAAGACAACAACAAGCACGUUGUAGUAAAAGAAAUUAAAAUUGCAAAGGUGCACCAGAAAGAAAGAGAAGCUGCCCUUAAAGAAGUGACACUAAUGGACAAAAUGAAGCACCCCAACAUUGUUAAAUAUUUGGACUCAUUUGAAGAGGGGCAAAGCCUGUUUAUAGUAAUGGAAUAUUGUGAUGGUGGUGACCUGAUGCACAGAAUUAACAUGCAACAUGGAGUUUACUUUACAGAGGAGCAGGUCUUGGACUGGUUUGUGCAAAUUUGCUUAGGGCUGAAACACAUUCAUGACAGAAAGAUCCUGCACAGAGAUAUCAAAACACAGAACAUUUUCCUUUGUAAUAAAGGAGUAACUGUAAAACUUGGAGACUUUGGAAUUGCACGAAUGUUGAACAAUACUGUGGAGUUAGCACAUACAUGUAUAGGAACGCCAUACUAUUUAUCCCCUGAGAUAUGUGCGAACCAACCAUACAAUAACAAAACUGAUAUUUGGUCUCUCGGAUGUGUCCUGUAUGAGUUAGCCACUCUGAAUCAUCCAUUCGAAGGCAAUAAUUUGCAUCAGUUAGUGUUGAGGAUCUGUAGAGGUCGCUAUGCCCCAGUAAAUUCCAGAUACACCUAUGACUUGAAGAUGUUAUUAGCCCAGCUGUUUAAAGUAAACCCCCGUGAUCGACCAUCCAUCAAUUCAAUUUUAAAAAAGAAGUUCUUGGAGAAGCGUAUUAGAAAAUACCUCAGUGCUGAGCUAAUAAAGGAAGAAUUUAGCCACACAGUCAUCCAUGGGAAGAAGUCGCCUGCAUCGAGACUUACAGCAGCCAGUUCACAAUCAGCUCCAAAGAUACAGAAAGCUAAAUGUGCGAUGAAUCAGCGACCAAGACCACUAAUAAAUAAAAAGCCACCACCAGCUCAUUAUGAAUGGAAAGCAUCAGCAGUGGCCAACAGACCGAAUAUCAAGCAAUUUAACAAUCUAUUAACUGCAAAGCCAGCACCUCCCAGGAUCGAAGGCCGGUAUGGACACUACCAUGGUUAUCUAGAUUACAUGGCGAGAAGACCAAAUGACCACAUACCUCCACCUGUGCCUUAUUAUAACUACCAAAUUGAAGAUUACAGACAAAAAGUGAAUCAUGAUCCACUUCAUUGGCCAUAUGCUGUGCAUGAAGAAUACAUUCAGAGAAAAUUGGAAGCACAAGAAUAUAAGAUAAAAGUAGAAAAACAAUUGGGAAUACGUCCUCGCUCAUCAGACCAUUAUGAAUAUCAAAUUCCAAAUCCAGAUGCACAGGCUAGACAAUGUGCUAAGCAGCAAGCCAAGAAAAGAGGAGCAGCAGAUGAAGAAUAUUGUCAGCGACUGAAGGAAAUAAGGCAGCAGUAUCAGCAUGAAGUGAAAGAAAUUAGGGGAAAAAUGGAAAUAAAGGAGAAUCACCCUGGUAUAUUAGCUGAGACGUAUCAUAUUGAUCGAGAAAAACCUGUAGAAUAUGUGACUGAGCUUCAGGAACAAAACAAAGACAAACAGCCUCAUCAGGUCUUUGAGGAAGAUCUGAAGCAAAUGAGAUUGCAGCACCAAAUGGAAAAGAAAGCACUGGAGCUCAAACACAAAGUAAAGGGGGGAAUAAAAUUUGAGAUAAUGUUCAAUGAAGAGUUGACUCAUGAAGAUUCCCAGCAAAAGGAGGAGCUGGAUAUGUUAAAUCAAACACUGACACACGAACAAGGAGAUAUCCUUAAACAGAAGAAAUGGCACUUCACUGAGGCAGGAAAUAUUCUUGAAGAUCUUGCAAACAAAACAUUAGAAGUAACAUCCUCUCAAAUGGAAGCUACCUCCAAAUCCGAUGAGGUUAUGGUGAUGAAUGCAGAUACUCCUAAAAGCAGAAAUCAUUGGAAACAAAAACCACCAGAUACUUUGCUGAAUGCACUACAGGCUGCUGAACUAUCAUCUGUUUGUCAGACCAUGAGUGAAAAUCACAUUGAUGACACAAUGACUACUUUGAAAACAACUGAUGAGAACGAUGAUCUCAAAUCAAGUACUGCCUCUGAAACAGAAUUCGAUAAGGCAAGACUGGAACCUAGAUCUGAUGACGAUGACACAUGCUGUCAGACCUACUGAACCUUUCCAGCAAUUUCUGUUUUUGCUUUUGCUGGAGAACCCUCUCUUGCCUGAACGGGUGCAGCUCCAACGACACUCAAGAAGUCUGACGACAUUCAGGACAAAGCAGCCCACUUGAAUUUUAUCACAUUGAAACAAUUCACUCCCUCCACCUUCAUGCUCAGCUGCAGCAGUGUGUACCGUCUACAAGAUGCAUUGCAGAAAUUCACCAAAGUUGCUGAGACAGCAUGUUCCAAACCUAUGAUCACUAUCACCUAGAAUGAUUUGAGCAGCAGACAUGUGGGGGCACCAGCACUUGCAAGUGCACAUUCCAUUUACCGUCCUGACUUGUAAAUAUGUUGCUGUUCCUUCAGUCUCGCUAGACCAAAAUCCUAGAACUCCCUCCCUAACAGCAUUGUGAAACUACAUACAGAGCAUGGGCUGCAAGCAGUUCAAGAAGGCAGCCCACCACCUGCUUCUCAAGGGGAAAUAAGGACGGGCAAUAAAUGCUAGCCAAACCAGCAAAGUUUCCAUUUCAUGUGUGAUUAAUAAGACUUCUUUUCAAUUCCAAUGGCCUAAAUCCCUUAUCAGUCUGACAACUGGAAAAAUUCUCUCCAAACUCUCACGGCUUGGAGACUUCCGAUCACUUCAUUGGGAUUGUAUUAUAGGCCCCUUAAUAUUCAGCCGGAAAUUGAGAAGCAAAUAUAUAAGGAGAUCUCAGAUAUCUGUAAGAAUGCUUAGGUUGUAAUGGUUGAGGAUUUUAACUUUCUAAACAUAGACUGGGACUGGCAUAGUGUUAGGGGCUUGGAUGGAGAGGAAUUUGUUAAGUGUACAGGAAAGCUUCCUUAUGUGCAUGUACCUAUUCCAGUAGAGCAAUACUUGAUAUUCUGUUGGAAAUAAGGCAGAGCAAGUGACUGAGGUGUAAGUGGUGAAGCACUUUGGAGUAACAUAGAACAUAGAACAUAGAACAGUACAGCACAGAACAGGCCCUUCAGCCCACAAUGUUGUGCCGACCAUUGAUCCUCAUGGAUGCACCCUCAAAUUUCUGUGACCAUAUGCAUGUCCAGCAGUCUCUUAAAUGACCCCAAUGACCUUGCUUCCACAACUGCUG